AUUUGAUUUUUUUCAGCUUGCAAAUUUAGAAAAAAAUUGACGAAUGACGAUGAUAAGAAUACAGACAUUGUGAUUCAGUGAAUGAUUAAUUGAUUAGUAAUUAAUAAUUAAAUAAUAAUUUUCCAUUGUUGUAAGCUAAACUAGUUAAAUCUGUGAGUACUUACUUGAAGUUUUUUUUUAAAUAUACGGCAUUUCCUUAUGAAAAUGGCAGAAAAUACUGCUUUGUCUGCUACCCUUGGGUUAUUAUCGCAUCUUAGCAUCGACGAAUUAAAAGAAGUCCUGAACGAUGAUAAUAAAUUUGAAGCCAUGACAAAAGAUGCCAAUAAAUCUGCGAAAGUAAUAGGUUACACUGAAAAAGAACUACUGAUUGCUGAAAAUAAAUCUUUAGCCGAAUACAAUCUGUCUAAAUCUUCAGAAUUUCAAGAGAAAAAAAGAGAAUUAGUCAACGUGUACGAAGAAUUGAAAGAUAUCAAUACCCGCAUUGAGGCGAAAGCUUCAAAAUUAAAGGAAUUAACGAACAAAUCAAAUUCAGAUGCUAUCUUAGCUUUAUUGCAAGCAGCAGUUACUGAAAUUGAACGUGAAACUGAUAAUAUCGCGGAACAAUUCUUAAACGGUGAUAUUAAGCUGGAAAGCUACUUAGAACAGUACCCCAAUCGAAGGAAAUUAAUGCAUUUGAGGAAAGCGAAACUUGAAAAGAUGACCGAAUUAGUGAACCGUCGAAUGUCGUACAAAUCACCGUCAGCAUCUUCAAGAUCAAUAACUACGAUAACACCAAAUAGUGUUAGAAAUGUUUAUCCUCCGAAUUUUAGCAACGCUCCGGUUAGCGUACCUUAUCCAAUUGAGCCUAUCAACAUGCCUAUGCCUACAAGUUAUCUGCAUAACCAUUUUUAAAACUUCAAAUUUAUUACGCGUCAUUUUCAAUUAGAUUUUCUUACAUCUCAAAAUAGAACUUUUUAAUUACCUUUUACGUAUGUUAAAUAUUAUGUAAGUAUAGAUUUAUAUUUGAAUACAUUUUUAUCUAGAUA